AUGUCCUUCCUAAGACGGCGCCUCAUCGGCGGUGGAGGCGACGACUCGCCCUCGGACAUCUCCCGCGAAUCUUCACCUGGACCAGAUGGUCAACAAGCGGCCAACCUCCUAAUAUCAGCGAAACAACUUGACACGCUCAAGAAGAAAGGAAAAAGGGGCAAGAAAUACAAUGCCUGGGUCUUCGGGCUCGGGGGCCUAUUUGGUCUCGUCGUCGCGGGCUUUUUCGCGAGUAGUAAUGAUCUCAUCGAUAUGAAGAGCUUGGAGAAUGUGAACUUGGAGAGCAUAAUGGAUGCGCUGCCAGCGAAUUUUGUGAGGAGCGCGCAGCAGUUACAGAAAACCGAACGCGACGCCGUGAAUUACGAUUCCUUCGCCGUCGGCCUGUACGCACGCAAACAAGGCAUAAAGGCCAAACACCCCGUCAUAAUGAUACCGGGCGUAAUCUCCACGGGCCUCGAGUCCUGGAGCACAGAGGAGGGAUCGAGACAAUAUUUCCGCAAGAGGUUAUGGGGAUCUUGGUCUAUGAUGCGAGCACUCGUUCUGGACAAGGCUACCUGGAAACGGCAUGUCAUGCUAGACAAAACUACGGGCAUGGAUCCACCAGGUGUCAAGUUGAGGGCGGCGCAAGGCUUUGAUGCUGCAGACUUCUUCAUCACAGGAUACUGGAUCUGGAACAAGAUCCUCGAGAACCUAGCGACUAUCGGAUACGACCCGGGAAAUGCCUUCACAGCAGCCUAUGACUGGCGCAUGACCUAUCUGAACUACGAGAUUCGGGACCAAUACUUUACACGUUUGAAAAGCCAUAUCGAAGUAGCCAAGAAGGUAUCGGAUGAGAAAGCAGUACUGCUAUCACACUCCAUGGGCUCCCAGGUGCUAUACUACUUCCUUCACUGGGUUGAAGCAGAAGGGUACGGCAACGGCGGACCAGGCUGGGUAGAAGAGUACAUCGAUUCCUGGAUUAACAUUAGCGGAUGUAUGCUCGGCGCGCUGAAAGACGUCCCUGCUGUGCUGAGUGGAGAGAUGAAAGAUACCGCCCAACUCAACGCCUUCGCCGUCUACGGCCUUGAGAAAUUCCUCUCGCGCUACGAACGCGCUGAGAUUUUCCGCGCUAUGCCGGGUCUCUCAUCCAUGCUACCCAUGGGCGGCAAUGCAGUCUGGGGUGAUGAGACAGGCGCACCGGAUGAUGUGGAAGGGCAGAAUGGCACGUAUGGGAACUUUUUACGCUUCCGCAACGCCAACUCGACCCUUACGAGUAAAAACUUGACCGUGACCGAUACUUUACCGUUCUUGUUCAAAAAUACGGAGCAGUGGUACAAGGACAUGAUCCUAUCAUCUUACUCCCAUGGCGUAGCACAUAACACCAAGCAAGUAGAAGACAACCAACAGAUCCCCGCGAAGUGGGUCAAUCCACUCGAAAGCCGGUUACCACUCGCCCCGAGUCUGAAAGUCUACUGCUUCUAUGGUAUUGGGAAGGCCACGGAACGAGCAUAUUACUACCGCACAGACGACGAGCCCUUGAGUGGGUUGAACGUCACUCUCGACACGGCAAUCAUGGGCGGAGAUAUAGACCACGGAGUAGUAAUGGGUGAAGGCGACGGUACAGUCAACCUCCUUAGCUCAGGAUACAUGUGUUCCAAAGGGUGGAAGAUGAAGCGAUACAAUCCAGCCGGUGUACAGGUCAAGACGGUUGAGAUGUUACAUGAGCCUGAUCGGUUCAGUCCGAGGGGUGGGCCUAAUACAGCCGACCACGUCGAUAUCCUCGGUAGUGCCUCACUGAACGACCUGAUCUUGCAGGUCGCAGGCGGCCGAGGCGAACUCAUCGAGGAAACAAUUCAUUCGAACAUUAAGGAGUAUGCGGAGAAGGUCAAGGUGUAUGAGGAAUCAUGA